AUGGAAAAUUUCGAAGAGUUUCUUAAACAGUCCACUGUCAGAGGGGCCAACAAAGUACCUGGCGCGAUUAUGGCUGUUGUUGACAAGGACGGUAACUACAUCUACAAGAACGCAUCAGGAUAUAGUGGCGUUGGGGCAGAUGCGGAACCUUUAAGUUUCGAUUCCACCCUUUUCGUUGCGUCUUGCACGAAAGUCAUUACUACCAUCGCGUCUCUCCAGCUUGUUGAACGCGGAAUCGUUGGAUUGGAUGAUCCUCUUGACGACUAUCUCCCAGAGUUAGCCUCCCAGCCGAUUGUUACGCAAAACGACGAUGGAGAUUUCGUGUAUCAUACACCUACGCAGUCAGUUACACUACGUCAUCUCAUCACGCACUCGAGCGGAGCAGCACAAGAUUGGAUGACCCCAGUCUUGAAAGCAUGGCGCCACUCUCGAGGUGAAGUACCGGUAAUGCUUACCGACGGUGACGUUGCAAAAGGUUGUGCUUAUCCCCGAACCUCUGAGGCGGGGUCGAGCUGGAUGUACACCAGUGGCUUAGACUGGGCAAGCCUUCUCGUGGAGCGCCUCACAGACACAGGAUUCGAGGAGUAUGUCGAGAAACACAUCAUUCAACCGCUCAGCAUCUCUUCAUUCACCUGGCACCUAUCGCAUAAACCUGAUGUGGCCAAAAAACUCAUGCGCAUGACGACGCGUCAGGACGAUGGCACACUGACCAAUAGCACGACGCCAAUCUGGCCUGAUCCUGUGAAGGAGGGAGGCGGGUCAGGGAUGUACUCUAACGUGCACGACUUCACCCGCGUACUAGCCGACCUACUCAAGGACUCCCCUACGCUUUUAAAAAGAUGCAGUGUACAGGAGAUGUUUACCGCACAAUUUGUGCCUGGUAGCUCCUCGCACAAGGCCCUUAUUAGUUUGGCGCCAUUCUCAUACCAAUGCUCCGUCGGAGGGAGUAUGGAUGGCGUGGACGCGAACCAAGGACUUAGCGGCUUGCUGGUUACUAAUGAUGUUGAUCGCGACGACUUCUUCAGGCCGAAGGCUACGUUGGCGUGGACAGGCUUACCGAACCUGCUCUGGAGCAUCAAUCGCGAGCGCGGGCUUGCGCUGUUCAUAGCAACACAAGUCAUGCCAUGGGGAGACAGCAAAACCUGGGAACUAAACAAGAGGUUUGAGACUGCCGUUUGGCGAACUAUGUCAAAAGUUUGUAAAGAGUAG